UUAAGAUGCAAAUGCCGAUGCAGAAACGGUGGACGCCCAAAUCGCAUGGAACAAAAUAAGUAGGUUUGUCCCAUUCUACUAGCCGUGCUCCGGAUCUCGUCCACAAGCCAAUGACGUGGGGAGUUGCUGACGCGAUGCGACAGGGUGCCAUAAGAAUGAAUGAGAAUCUAGCAUGAUCUGAGGAGGAAUUAAAAUAGAAAAUAGCUGCUGUUAUUAGCAAGUCAAUAACAGGUUUAUGGGAUUUCGUAUUAUAUGCUGUUUCUUGGAGUGUUUUGUGUCAUCGAAUACAGGUUAACUUUAAGGGUUAGGCUGGUGAUAGUUAACGUCAGCUUCCUCGCUUGAUAGUUUAAUCCCAAAAUUUGCGCACAAUACACUGUCAUCUCGUAGAUCGAGUAGUUUUUCUUGCAUUUAGGAAAAGACUACAGCAGUACAACCUCAAGUGUACCACUGUCAUUAGCUAGAGAUGGACGCUGUACACGCGCAGGGUAUUUGGAUAGCUGAGUCCUUGCAGUUGUCAACAACAGCAUAUGAGCAGACGUGGCUCUUCGCCUCUCACAUGGGAGACCCGAAAGCGGCGUUUUUGUUGAUGUUUCCACUGACUUACUUCUUUAACCGACGAACUGGCGUGGCCGUGGUCUGGGUUGCUGCAAUAACGGAGUGGCUUAACCUGGUGUUCAAAUGGAUUCUUUUUGGAGAAAGGCCGUACUGGUGGAUGAAGGAGUCUCGCCUGUUUGAGAAGAACCCGCCACAACUACAGCAGUUCCCCUCUACCUGCGAAACUGGACCAGGUAGUCCCUCGGGCCAUGUCAUGGUCACGGCAGCAGUGUGGUGGGUGAUGGUGUCCUCCUUGGCCUCCAGCAUACACUCUCGCACAGGCAGUAAGCUGGCGGCCGCUGUUCCAUACCUGUUCUACUCCCUGGUGCUGGUUGCCGUCGGCCUCUCACGGAUCUUCAUUCUGGCCCAUUUCCCUCACCAGGUCAUCGGCGGGUUAUUGGCCGGUAAGACUCAUCAUCAUGCAAGAGAACACAUUCAGAAU